AUGCCGUCUUUCAUGCGUUUGAUGGCUGUUGCGGCGGCGGUGCGUUCAGGCUUUGCCUCUACAUUUCACGUAUUUGAUAACACUGCAUACACCAACACUUCAAUUGGCUAUGGAAGCAGCAAUAUCAAUUGGAUUCCCGCAUACGUAUGCAAUCCACUGACAGAAGGAGGCGUUCUCCCUUCUGCUGAUAUUUGGAAGGCUAUCGUUCUUGAAUGGAACGUCUACCCGUCUUACCCGCUGGUACUAGACUGCGAGGAUCUUUACUUUACCUCAACAUCCACCGCGGAUUUGUACCUGGAAAUAAUGUCUACCCUGCAAACAUGGGCGGCGGAUGUUAUUCCCGAGGGGCAGAUCAUUGGCUGGUACGGCCUCUCGGGGAACACGAUCUCUUCACUAUACGACCACUAUCGCAGUUUGAUCAGCAAUUACACAAAUCAUGCUUUCUUCCCGUCAGCAUAUACGUUCAGCGACAGCAUAUCCACCUGGAAUAAGUCGUUAACCUCUGUGGUCAAUGUAAUCAAUACUAUCGACAACACCUUACCAAUCUGGCCCUAUACAUGGCCUCAGUACCACGGCAAUUACUCUUUCAUUCCUGAGGAUCUUUGGCAGCGCGAACUGGAAGCUCUUGCAUCUAACAGCAACCUGGACGGCUUUGUUGUUUGGGGUGGCAAGAAUCAUGUCGUGUGCGAUGAUGCGUGCCAGUCAAUUGCAGGAGAUGAACCUUGGUUGAACAUCACGAGAGAAUACUUGAAUACUUUGUACGGGAUUUACAGUGGGGUUGCUCAGAAAUCAGGUUCUCAGUUGUUCAAUUGA